AUGUGUGAACACAGAAACACACAAGCUUCCAUAUCACAUGGGGCAUAUGGCAGCAUCAGUUGUACAGAUGGAGGCAUAUUUAAUCCUAAGGUACCUACACUGCUAGUUUGUCUUUAUAUCUUUGGGAUAACAGAGCCUUACAAUUUGAGAUUGUCAAGGUGCUUCUCUGUCAAUCUUAUCACCUGUUUUCUAGGAACCCCAACUGCUGGUCAAGCCUUGAACGGAGCUGUAGUGAACCAGCUGCUGUAUGUCAGAAGUCAAAUAGAGCGCACAGCUUCAGCCACUCUAGCCCAUCUGCCGCAGCCUGUCACCAAUACCCUCCUGCAGGCUCUUCCACCCAUAGAUGCUCUCAUGGCCUCUGCAGUGCAACCCCUCUUUCUGUCCAUUACACAAGCAGUAGAGGCCAUCAUUCUCACAAUGCAUAAUGAGGACUUUUCUGGAGGAGAUACAGGUGGCAGUGACUCACAGUGUUCGCUCUACAUGAAAGAGCUCCAAGGGUUUAUCAACCGAGUAGCAACGGAUUAUGUUGCUAUUUACCAGCCUUCGGCAAUUAUAAAGGAAAAUGUGCAUAUGCUAGCAUGCAGGUGCUUAGAAUUAUUUGUACGUCAUGCAAGUCUGUUGCGUCCAAUAGGAGAUGGUGGAAAACUGCGACUGGCAGCAGACUUUGCCCAGAUGGAACUGGCCAUCAAUCCUCUGUGCAGCCGUCCAUCAGAGCUGGGCAAGCCAUACCGCAUUGUGAGGACCUUCCGACCGCUGCUAUUCCAGACGACAGACCACAUCAGCGCUUCACCCAGCAUUGGAGAUGUCAUUCCCUACUCGGUCAUCCUGCACUUCUUGUUCGCUAAGGCUCCUCCGGAACUUAGGUCUCCGCAUCAGACUGCAGGAUGGUCGGUCAGCAGGUAUAGCAACUGGCUGGAUGAACAUCGUGAUGAGCGAGAGAGAUUGCAGCUUGUGAGAGGUGCCCUGGAGGCGUACGUAGCCAAUGUCAGAUCACGCAACCUCACACAGUUCGCCCCAGUAUAUCCUGUCAUGCUCAAACUCUUAGAGAGAGGGAUGAGUGCACAUGGAAUGUCAAGUACUUCUUAGGUAUGAAAGUGUUUGAAGUUUAGGGCUAUAGGUUUUCUGAUCUGUGUUAUAUAUUUUAUAUUUGACUUAUAGUAUGGGUGUCUGUUUAGUCUUUGUAAAGCUUGUGAAGGUUUUAUGCUGAAUGAGCACUUGUAUAUUAAUUUAUUGUUAUUAUUAUUUUAUUUUAUUUUAUGAUCCAGAACUCGAGCAAGAUUUUUGGAAUAUAUGAAUGCUUUUGUUUGAUGAUUGCACAAUGCAGGUAUUUGAAUCUUAGAUCUAAAUUUUUUUGUUAUGAAGUUAAGAGAUUAAAAUAUGAUGAAGCAUGGCAUUAUUUUUAACCAUCAGUUGAGCUCCAGAUGAUGGAUAAACAGUUAAUGGUUGAAACAAAUAUAUAUGCCAGACAUCAAAGGUCAAAUAGCGCUAUGGUCAAGUAUUGCGGUGAAAAGGGUAAAGUUGAGUUAAAGAUUAGGAUGAAAUGUGUUAGAUGUCAAAGAUUAGAGGGUUAUAGAAUUGAUAUUAUGUGAUUAUAUUAGGAAUUUAUUUAGAAAAAAUGUGGUGUGGUUAUUUAAAACUUCGUGCUCAUCUUUCUGAGAAUAUAUAAAAUAUGUAACAAUUUGAAUCGUUUAUGAAAAUGUUCAAGUUUGAGAAGCUACCACGGUAGUUUAUCUGAUCUCGCUCAACCAUUCACAUCCUGAUCUGCAAUGUCUUAUGAUCAAAACAGACCAAUACCAUAAUUUGUAAACCUA